AAAAUGGGUUCAUGAUGAAUAAAGAACUCUAAAAAUCCAGGAGAAAGUUCUAUAUCUUGCUCCAGUGACAUCUUUGGGAAGUCAAUAUCUGUAGAGGACUUUGCCAUCAAGAAGAUCAUUGGCAAAGGUGCUUUUGCAAAAGUUUUCCUCGUCAGAAAUAAGCAAGAAGAUAAAAUAUAUGCAAUGAAGGUACUCAGGAAAAAAGAUAUUAGGGAAGUUGAAGAAAAGCACAGAAUUUUACUUGAGAGAGAAGUCCUAGCAAAUAUAGAUCACCCUUUUAUUAUCAAAUUGCAUACUGCAUUUCAAAGCUCAGAAAAGCUGUAUUUUGUGCUUGACUUUGUGAAUGGAGGGGAGCUCUAUACCCAUUUGACAAAUGAAGGAAUUUUCUCAGUAGAAAAAGCAAAAUUUUAUGCAGCAGAAAUUACACUUGCUUUAGAAUGACUUCAUCAAAAUGAUAUUAUUUACAGAGACCUUAAGCCACAGAACAUUUUGCUGGAUUACCAAGGACAUAUAAAAUUAGUAGAUUUUGGAUUAUGUAAAUAAGCUUUCAAAGAAAGGACUUGCUUACUCAAUUCUUGGCUCUCCAGAUUAUAUUGCUCCAGAAAUCCUGACAGAAGAAGGGCAUGAUAAGUGUGUCGAUUGGUGGAGUUUGGGAAUCCUUAUUUACCGCAUGCUUUCAGGUAGAUGCCCUUUUACUGAUGUUGAUCCAGAAAGCAUCUUUGAAAGAAUACAAAAUGAUGAUCUUAAUAUCCCUGACUCAUUCACAGAAGACCAACAAAGUAUUGUCUCUGAUCUAUUAGAGAAGAAUCCUAAGAGAAGACUUGGUAGUGGACCUCAAGAUGCUGAGAUUAUUAAGGAUCAUCCUUUCUUUGAAGGAAUUGAUUGGGAAGAAUUAAUGCAUAAAAGGAUCCAGCCACCUUUCUCCCCUCCUGUUGCAGACGAAGAAGACCUCUGAUUAAUUGAUCCUCAGUUUGUCAAUGAGAAACUAAGAGAGUCAGAUUUCAAGAGGAAAACACUGACCUCUUCGAUCAUAGAGAUGGAAAAUCAGAGUAAAGCUUCCAGAGAAGGCUAAGCUGUUUGCUCACUGAUCAAAUUCUUGUAGUUUUAA